AUGCCUGUCCUGCCACCUGGUUAUUCAAUUAGGAGACUACAAGCUCGAGACUUCGAAGACGUGGUCGAAACCUUGAAAGUUUUGACGGUUGUAGGUGAUGUGACACGAACUCAGUUUGAGGAGACCCUUGCAUAUUGGAAGAGUGUAACAUUGAAAGUUGGUGCUCACUCAGUGCCCACUUAUAACCCGCAUGUAGUUGUGAAUGCAGGCGGCAGGGUUGUGGCCACAGGAACCGUUCUGAUUGAGCGUAAGAUCAUCCGUAAUUGCGGAUUGGUGGGCCAUGUGGAGGACAUCGCAGUGGCAAAGGAUCAACAGGGGAAGCAGCUGGGACUACUAUUGAUCCAGUAUUUGACCGAUUUAGCACACGAGACCGGGUGCUAUAAGGUAAUUCUCGACUGCGAUGAGAAAAACGUGGGAUUCUACGAGAAAUGUGGGUACCGCAGAUGCGGGGUCGAAAUGGACCAUCGACUGUGA